AUGGAAGCAUGGAACCGGCUCCGUGAUAUCUUCCAAGACAACAAAAAUUCCCUCGCCGUUUAUCUCGAGGAUCAGUUUACUAAAACGUCCAUAGCCAAUUUUUCCAUCAUCUCGGCCUAUUGCCAAGCUCUUAAAUCAUUGGCCGAUCAACUCGCCAAUGUCGGCUCGCCGGUGUCCGACUCUCGGUUGGUUCUUCAACUUGUCAAAGGGCUCACUCCUGCCUACAGUACUGUUGCUACGUUUAUUGAACAAUGUGAACUGCUCCCUCCUUUCUACCAAGCGCGGUCUCGCCUUGUUCUUGAGGAGACUCGUCGGACCCAUCAUGCUGCACAAGAGGCUGCUGCCGAAGCCACUGCUCUCACGGUCACCACAAACCAUGAUGACUCCUCUUCUUCCUCUCACAAUCAUGGGGGUCGCAAUUCAUAA